ACGAACUCGAACACCAGAGACUCCUCAUGGCCGACGUUACCCCCGCUAAGCAGCUCUUCUUGUCGUCUCCUCAAUUCGCCGUCGUCGGCGCGUCGAAGGAUCAGACGAAGUUCGGGACGAAGGUAUUGCAAUGGUAUCAGGCCCGAAGCAAGCCGGUUACCCCUGUUCAUCCCAAAGAGGCUGAGCUUGAGGGCUUACCGACCGUGAAGAGCAUCGCGGAAUUGCCUGCACCGGCCGAGACAUCAAUCAGCCUUGUGACCCCACCCAAGAUCACCCUCGGGAUUGUCCAAGAGGCAAAGAAACUCAACGUGCCUGCACUCUGGAUCCAGCCGGGUGCUGAUGAUAACAGCGUUAGGCAAUGGGUGGAGGAGAAUGGCUUGUCCGAAAAGGUCGUUUACGGAUGCGUGUUAGUUGAAGGCGACAGGGUGUUGCAGAGCCUCUGAGCCUCGACUACGGACGCAACGUUCUUUCUUACCCGGAGGUGCGUGCGCUAUUACGGUGCACCAUCUCCUGGAUCGUUGACGUGCAAUGCCAAGCUAGAUUUAGAUAUAGACGAAUGUUUU